AUGCAAGUUCUAAUUCUAGAGAACUACACCGACAUUUGUAGUAAAAUGUUUAACAUAAGUAUUGCAGCAAAACUUCGCAUUCACCAUCUAACGCAAACUUUUCUCUCACCGUUGAUCACUAACCAGCUCUGUGAAACACAACUUGAGGUGGCCCGUCGGUUUGAUUAUCCCGGACUGGAGCAGUUGCUGCGGUCGUUGAAAUCCGCUAUGAAUUUGGAUGGACAUGCAACAGUGGCCUAUACUCCACUGUUAGAAUACAACAUCGGACUCAUUCUACGUGAGGUACUGACCGAAGAAUCCAGUGACCGGAAAGCUGUAUUUGGUACAUAA